GGGAAAGGUCUCCAGGAUCCAAGCGUUGUCUGUGGAAGUCUAUGGGGUCACCUUGACCUUGAAACAAGGAAAAGGGGCAGAUGUCUUGGUGGAUUCAAUCUCCCACCACCUCCCCACCAUCCUGAGCGAGGGACAGGUCCAGGUCUACCCAUAUGGGACAGGUGUCCUGCUCCGCACUGACUUCAGCCUUGUUGUCCACUAUGACCUCGUCCAGCACGUGAUGGUCACGGUCCCCCAGACCUACAUGGGGCGCCUGUGUGGCCUCUGUGGCAACUACAAUGGCCAACGUAAUGAUGAUUUCCAGCUCUCCAGUGGCCAACUGGCUCCAGAUGCAACAGCCUUUGGAUCUGCAUGGAAAACAGCAGCUACACCUUGCAAUGACACCUGUCCCAAGGAUGAGUGUCCCACCUGCACAGAGGAGAAAGUGGCAGUCCUCCAAAAACCCAACUACUGUGGCUUCCUCAUGGCCCCCGAAGGUCCCUUUGGCUCCUGCCAUCGCAUCAUCAACCCUAUCCUGUAUUUCCAAUCUUGCAUCCAUGACCUCUGUAUGAUGGGAGGGGACAUGCAUGUCCUGUGCCAGAGUAUCCAGAGCUAUGUCACUGCUUGCCAAGAUGCUGGAGUCACCGUGAGGGCUUGGAGGACACCAUCCUUCUGCCCCCUCAACUGCCCGGCCAACAGCACCUACUCCCUUUGUGCCAACACCUGCGCCAACACCUGUGCUGGAAAUGCCACCACUUGUCCCCAGACAUGCACUGAGGGCUGCCAGUGCCACCAGGGCUCUGUGUUUGACGGACACAAAUGCGUUCCUGAGGAGUACUGCACAUGUUUUAGGGAUGGCGAAUACUAUAAGCCCCAUGAGUUGCUUUUCCAGGAUCACUGCCAGCGCCGUUGCACCUGUGUCCCUGGCCAGGGUCUUACCUGCCAUGAGCACACUUGCACUGAGGACGAAUCCUGUGAAAUCCGGGAAGGGGUCUUGGGAUGCAUCAAUAAAAACCCCUGCAAGUCCCUGCACUGCCGCCCCAAGGAGCGCUGCCGGCCCCGCGGUGCCCAAUCCCGCUGCGUCCCAGCCCUGAUCGCCACAUGCUGGGCAUGGGGUGACCCACACUUCCGUACCUUCGAUGGCCUUGACUUUGACUUCCAAGGAACCUGCACCUACACCAUGGCCGAAUCCCAUGGGAAUGACCCUGGGCUGGUGCCCUUCAGGGUUGAGGCCAAGAACGACAUCCAUGGUGGGAUCCAAUCUGUGUCCUAUGUCUCCUUGGUCAAUGUUGAUGUCUAUGGACAACGCAUCUCCUUCCGCCGGAAUGAAGAUGGAAGAGUCCGGGUGAGUUGGGUGGAAAUGUGAGAAC